AUGAAACCACCUAGUUAUCAUGAGGUGAGAGUUCCUUUGCUUAGGAAGGAAUUGGAUAAUACCAAUGCUUUGAUGAAUGACCAUAGAGAGGAGUGGUCAAAAUUUGGAUGCUCAUUAAUGGCAGAUGGGUGGACAGACAAGAGAAGGAGAACAUUGUUUAAUUUCCUAGUAAAUAGUCCAAGGAGAACCACGUUUCUUGAAUCGAUAGAUACUUCUUCUUUUUCAGAGGAUGGUGACAAGACGUUUGACUUACUUAAUAAAUUUGUAAACCGCAUUGGAGUAGCAAAUGUCGUCCAAGUCGUCACAGAUAGUGAAUCAAGCAAUAAGUAUGCCGGGAGGAUGUUAGAGACAGAACACCCACAUUUGUAUUGGACCCCAUGUGCUGCUCAUUGCUUAGACUUGAUGUUGGAAGACAUUGGGAAAAUACCGUCCAUCUCUAGAACAAUGCAGAGGGUAGUGGAGUUGAAUAGUUAUAUUUAUAUGCGUCCAAAGUUGUUGAACAUUAUAAGGAACUUUACUCACAAAAAGGAGUUGUUUAGGCCUGCUAAGACUCGAUUUGUUACAUGUUUCAUCACAUUAUCAAGUAUUCACAAGCAAAAGAAUAACUUGAGAAAGUUGUUUACUUUAGAAGAAUGGAAUCAUAGUAAAUGGACGAAAGAGGAAGCUGGUAAAAGAGUUGCUUCUUAUGUUUUGAUGCCUUCCUUUUGGAACAACAUUGUCUUUAGCCUUAAGGUUUCCGGUCCUCUUAUUCCGGUUUUGAGAUUAGUUGAUGGCGAGAGAAAACCUCCCAUGGGAUACAUUUAUGCGACUAUGGAUAGGGCUAAAGAAGCCAUUGUAAAAUCAUUUGGGGGAGUAGAAGAUAAAUACUCAGAUAUUUUUGAAAUAAUUGAUAAGAGGUGGAAUGUUCAACUCCAUCGCCCUUUGCAUGUAGCAAGUUAUUAUUUGAACUUAGAAUACUUUUAUUCAAAUCCGAAAAUUGAAGAAGAUGAAGAGAUUGCAAAGGGUUUGUAUGCAUGCAUUGUAAGUUCUUCUGGUUGUGAACGAAAUCGGAGCGUGUUUGAGCAUCUUCAUAACAAGAAAAGAAAUAGGCUCGCUCAAACAACUUUGAAUGAUUUAGUGUUCAUAAAAAAUAAUAGAGCAUUGAGGCAUCGAUAUAAUAUGCGUGACAUUCUUGAUCCCAUUUUACUCGAUGACAUUGAUGAGAGCAACAAGUGGUUAACGGGGAGAAUGGAUGAUUCUAAUGCAGAACAUGAUCUAGUCUAUGAAGAUGAUUCCUUGACAUGGGGUGAUGUUGCUAAUUUUGCUGGUAUUGGAGAGGCUAGCAGGCCGCAACGGUCUACUAGAUUAAAAUCUAGUUCUAGUUCACGGUUACCAACAAAGGGAGCAGGAAGUUCUUCAGUUCGACUUGUGGAUGAGGAUGAGGAUGAUUCAGAUGAGAUAGAAGAGGAUCCUGAUAAUUAUGAAUCAUUCAGUGACGAUCAAAAUGAUGUUAUGCUUAUUAAUGACGAGGAUGAUAUUUAG